AUGCCUCCCAAGAAGCAGCAGCAAAAGCACGAACCAAAAUCAAAGGACCAGGUCGACGAAGCGCCCCUCCAGGCAGUCAUUCUCGCCGACUCGUACAACCGGAGAUUCGAAGUACUCGCUACCGACCAACCCCGAGUGCUCCUCCCGCUAUGCUCCACACCGCUGCUGAGCUGGACUUUGGAAAGUCUGGCGUUGAGUAAGGUCUUGAAUGCCGACAACCCCUUCAUCCUCGUCCACUCCCCUCUUGUCUCCAACUACGACCUUUCCAAAAUCGUCGACGCCCACAAGAAACGCCGUGAAGUCGACAAAAACUUUAUCAUGACCAUGGGCGUCGGCCGUGGCGGUCGACCCCAUCCCGAAUCCCCCGUCAUGCUCGUCCACCCUCCUUCAUCCCGACUAUUGCACUACUCUCCCCACCCUCUCUCUCCCGCCCAAGGCCGGGCCGAGUUCCCCGCAGUCUUGUUUACGGAUCCCUUCCCCGUCAAUAUCGACACGUACGAGAUUUGGUCUGGGACUGCUCCUCGUUCGGUCUCGGACAAUGGUGGAUACAGAGAUCUGGGUGUGGAUAUUUGCGAGGCAGAUGUCCCGGCGCUAUGUACGGAGAACUUUGAUUAUCACGAUUUGAGGAGACAUUUCGUCAACGGUGUCUUGACGAGUGAGCUGUUGGGCAAGAAGAUUGCCGUACAUAUGGUUGGCGAAGAGGAAGAAAAGAUGGAUGCUCGAGCAGGUGGUGGUAGAUACGUUGAGAGGGUCAGAGAUACACGGACAUUCGGCGAGGUUACCCGCGACGUCCUCCGGCGCUGGGCCUUCCCUCUUGCUCCCGACCUCAACGAACCCUCAGGCGUCGAGUACGAACUCCGAGCAGGCAAUGUCUACAUUGCCCGAGAAUCCGUCGUCCUCUCCCGCACGACAACCCUCACCGGACCCCUCCUCAUUGGCCCCAAAUCGUCCCUCUCCCACAACACCCUCGUCCAAGGCUCCACCCUCGGCGCCAACUGUAAAGUCGGCGACGGCAGCGCUAUCAGAAAUUCAUACAUCUUUGACGAUGUGCGGAUUGGCGAGGGAUGUUUGAUCGAAGAGUGCAUGAUCGGUAAGGGUGUGGUAGUCGGGGCCGGGUGCAAGAUUGGCAGGGGUGUGCUUUUGGGCAACGGUGUCAAGCUCGGCAAGAAUGUGUCUGUACCAGACUUUGCAAGGAUUGGACGAGAACCGUACCGAGGCGAAGAUUACGACUCGGAUGAUUCGGGUUUCGAGGAGGAAGAGGCUGCUUCAAAGGCCCGCUCUUCCGAGCUUUUGGGGGACGAGAGUGUCGGCUUCCUCUGGCCGAAUGAGGAAGAGGAGCCGGCGAGCGACUCUGAAGACGAGGACGAAGAUCUGUACGAACAUCCCGCCAACAAGAAGCUUCUCCAGCUCGGCCGUCGUCUCUCCAAUCUCUCAUCCGCAGCCACCUCCCUCUCCACCCUCUCUGCCGCUUCCUCCUCUGCCCCGUCUUCUCCCGUCUCCAUGGCAUCAUCAACUUCCCUCCCCGACAUGCCCUCCCUCCAACUCAACGCUGGCCCACCACCAGCAUUCUACCACGAAGCUGUUGCCUCCCUCCAAAGAGCGUACGAAGAAGACCACAAGAUCGAGAAUGCCUUGCUCGAGCUCAGGACGCUGGUCAUGGGCUACAACGCCGGUCUCGACCGUGCUAGGGAAGAGGUCGUCAAGUUCUUUGUGAGCAAGGUGGAUAUCUCUGGUAAUGCGGUGAGUAUCCUCGGUUCUGCCACAAAGGUCUUUACGCGAUGGGGACCUUUGAUAAGCAACCUCACUUCGGACCCUACUCUGAUGAUCCUCGAUGCCCAAUCGUACACCGCGCACAACCCAGCAUACGUGCCGUGGUUCGGUAUCAUCCUCCGAGGUUUCUAUGAAGCCGACCUCGUCGCCGAGGAAGAGCUCGUAGAGUGGAGAGAUAUGAAGGAGAGCAAGGGUGAGAAUGUGCGUGAGGAGGAGAAGGCGGUUUGGAAGGAGAUUUGGGCGAAGGGCAAGGGGUAUGUGGAUGUGUUGGAGGCUAUGGAGAGUGAGGAUGAGGACGAUGAGAGCGAGGAGGAGGAAGAGAGCUCUGAUGAGGAGUAG